ACCGGCUAUAUAAAUUUAAGAACCCUCCUGGGAAAUUUUUAUCCACAGGACUGGCUGUCUCUUACGGUUCUCAAGCACCAUGCCAGCCAAACCAGCUCCCAUAAAGAAAUCUCCUGCCAAGAAGGCACCCCCAAAGGUGGAGGAGAAGCCCAGUGCUCCUGCCCCGGCACCCGAACCCGCUCCAGCCGCACCUCCGGCAGAACCAGCUCCAGCUGAGCCAGCUCCCGCUCCUGCACCCGAGGAGGCCCCUGCAGCGGCUCCUGCAGAAGCCGCUGCUGCCCCUGCUGCCGAAGACACUGCUGCCGCUGCUGCUGCCCCUGUUGCUCCUGAGGCAACCGCUGAGGCCCCAGCUGCAGAGGAGCCCAAAGCACCAACGCCUCCUCCUCCAGCAGUUACCACAAGCGAGCCUCUGAACCUGACAGUGGAGGAUGUCAACGACACGUCGCUGACUCUGAAAUGGAGACCUCCAGAAAUGAUUGGGGAAUCUGGCCUGAAUGGAUACACAGUGGAAUACUGUAAAGACCAAACAAAUGACUGGGUGGUGGCAAAUCCAGAGCUCAUCGUUUCCAACCGCUAUGUGAUCAAGAACCUGACCGCCGGUGACCUGCUGCAUGCUCGUGUGAAGGCAGUCAACGCUGGGGGGCCCAGUAAUCCUGCCACCCUGUCUGAGCCCGUCCACAUACGUGAGGUGGUUGAUCGUCCCAAGAUCCGCCUGCCUCGCUUCUUGAGGGCAAGGCUUGUCAAACAAGUUGGUGAGCAGGUCAACCUUGUCAUCCCAUUCAAUGGCAAACCCAAGCCUGUGGUGACUUGGACCAAGGAUGGCCAGCCCCUGGAUCCAAAGAAGGCCAACGUGCGCAACACUAACAAGGACAGCAUCCUUUUCGUUCGCAAGGCUGAGAGGGAUGACUCUGGCAAGUAUGAGAUGUGUGUCAAGGUGGACAGCUUUGAGGACAAGGUUACCAUCACCAUUCAGAUAGUUGAGCUUCCUGGACCUCCAACCAGCAUUAAGAUAGUGGAUACUUGGGGAUUCAAUGCUGCUCUGGAAUGGACCCCACCCAAAGACAGUGGAAACACGGAAAUCACCGGAUACGCUGUCCAGAAGUCUGACAAAAAGACUGGGGAGUGGUUUACUGUCUUGGAGCACUACCACCAAUUGAAUGCCACCGUCUCUGACCUCAUCAUGGGCAACUCCUACUCCUUCAGAGUUUUCUCUGAAAACAAGGUUGGAAGGAGUGAGCAAGCUUCUGUCACAAAGACUGCGGCAAGAAUUCAGAAAACAGGCAUUGUCUACGAGCCUCCCGAAUACAAGGAACAUGACUUUGGCGAGGCCCCGAAAUUCACCACGGCUCUUACUGACAGGUCUGCCACUGUGGGUUACACCACCAAGCUUCUCUGCUCUGUGAGGGGGUUCCCCAAGCCUAAAAUUGAGUGGAUGAAGAACCAGAUGAUAAUUGGUGAUGACCCCAAGUACCGGCAGAUGAACAAUCAGGGCGUGUGUUGCCUGGAGAUCCGCAAGCCCUGCAGCUUUGAUGGUGGUGUCUACACAUGCCGUGCUAAAAAUGACCAUGGGGAGGCUUCAGUGGCCUGCAAGCUGGAAGUUAAGCAGGUUAUUCUACCAGAUGACAAGAAAUAGAUCCACAUCCACAUGUAUCCAGUUUCAAAUAGGACCAGCAGGAACAGAAACCUCGAAACAAGCAGGAAGAGCCAUGAAGGUGGUUGAAGAGAGAGCAGAAAAGUAUAAAUAUGAGAAGAGAUGCGAUUAGCAAGCGGAGUUGUCCAGCCUCCUGUAUCAUUAAAUCGAUGCUUCUGAAGUGAUGUUUUUUGUCAUAAAAUGCCUACACUUCAUUAAAGAUGCCCUUCAGACCCCAAGGAAAAUAAUGUUUAAUUGCUUAAAGCUGAGUUAUAUUGUAAGAAAUGAUGGAAAAAAGAUUCCUGGCUGUGUCCUGUAAUGUAACCUUGAACAGGUGUGUACCCAAUAAAUAUGUGUAUCAACUUG